AUGUCAAAAAGACAAGCGGAGCUGUCGCUGGAAGAGCACGAUCCCGCCCUGGGCUCACCUGCCUCCAAAAAGGCCCGCGUGGAGGAAGACUUGGAAGAAAACGAUCCCCGCAAUGGAGCAGUACCUGCGCAACGAGCCAGCGACCAGGAACUGGAACAGCAUGACCGCAAAGGACAGAAUGUUCUUGGAGCAUCGGAUAGUGAGGGAGAGGUGUUGAAUGAAGCCGUACAGGAUGAGUCCGAGUCGUCCGACAUCGACGACGAUACACCAGCGCUCGCGGCCCCGAAACGCCAAACUCAGCCCAUGGAAGGUUAUAGCGACUUGUACCUCGACACGAUCAAUCGCGGGGUGCUUGACUUCGACUUUGAAAAGCUUUGCUCGGUCACUCUAUCGAAUAUCAACGUGUAUGCUUGUUUGGUGUGUGGCAAAUAUUUCCAGGGAAGGGGGCCCAAAUCGCAUGCCUAUUAUCACGCCCUCGAAGUUGGACACCACGUCUUCAUCAAUAUCGGAACAAAGAAGGUCUUUGUUUUGCCAGAGGGAUAUGAAGUCAAGAACAAGAGUCUGGAUGAUAUCAAAUACGUGGUCGAUCCACACUACAGCAAGGAAGAUGUCGGCAAACUCGACAAGGAGGUUCAUGAUGCAUGGGAUCUCGCUGGAUCCCGUUAUAGACCUGGGUUUGUUGGCAUGAACAAUAUCAAAGCUAACGAUUACCUGAACGUCGUGGUUCAGCUCCUGGCACAUGUCUUCCCUAUUCGUAAUUUCUUCCUACUGCAUCAGUUCCCGGUCCCUGGAACACCGGAGCUGGUGCUUCGCUUCAGUACAUUGGUGCGGAAGCUUUGGAACCCGAAAGCUUUUCGAUCACACGUGUCUCCGCACGAAUUGCUGCAAGAAAUUGCACUGCGGUCGUCGAAGCGCUUCACUCUUACCCAACAGUCGGACCCGGUUGAGUUCCUCUCUUGGUUCCUGAACAAUCUGCACCUCUCCCUGGGAGGCUCCAAAAGGCCGUCUUCUACCCCUACAAGUGUAAUCCAGGCAGCUUUUCAAGGGCAUCUCCGAAUUGAAAGUCAGGCAAUCACAGCGCAUUCGGAUACCCAGAACGCUCGUUUGGUGUUUACCGAGUCAGGCACCAUCAAUAACCAAGUCACUCCGUUCCUCAUUCUCACCCUUGACUUACCACCCACACCUCUUUUCCAAUCCUCAAACCGCGAAUCCAUCAUUCCUCAGAUUCCUUUGACAACAUUGCUGAACAAGUACAACGGCAUCACUGCAUCAGAGAAACUUGCUCAGCGUGUCCGACACCGCUUGCUACACCCCCUUCCUCCUUAUCUUUUCUUCCACAUCAAACGUUUCAGCAAGAACCGAUUUGUUUCCGAACGCAACCCCACCAUUGUCACCUUUCCAUCUCCUCGUUCCCUCGACAUGUCCCCCUAUGUGGAACCAAACCCAAACAUCUGGCCUCCGGGAGAGCCUAUUCUGUACGACCUUGUUGCCAACGUCAUCCUCGACCCCUCUGUGGCAGCACCAGGAGCGGCCGAAGAUGCGGCCGACAAAGGCGUCAACGCGGCCUCGGGGGCAUCUGGGGCUGGCGCGGGUAGCGAAAAGGUUUCCUGGCUUGUCCAGCUGCACGACAAAGCGGUGGGGGCAGAGAACCAGCGACAACAGAGCGAACGUGGUGGUGAGCCCCGCGGACCAGAAUGGCUUGAAAUUCAGGAUCUGUUUGUCAAGCGGGCCGAGAGCGAGACUUUAUUCACGCGAGAAGGAUACCUUAUGGUCUGGGAGCGCCGAAAGGUUCCUGGCAAGUCGAACAAGGGGAAGAAGCCGGCUGGAAAGUAG